GCGCACAACUUUUAACACAAAAGAGGACAGAGCAGUACACACCUCGAAAUUAUUAUUAGGCAGUAAUUCCACUUCAAAUAUGUUUUUUUUCAUGUUGCUUCUGCUUGCACAUUUCAGCGCAGCUACUGAUGUUUGCGCACCAAACACACCUCCUCAAGAAGUGAUUGCACUCCUGGAAGUUGCUAAAGAAUUGAAGAAGCCUGACAUGAAUAACUGUACAAAGGAUCCUUGUGACAAAAACAACACCUGCUGGUUUACAGAAGUUGAUCCGAGCAGGCAUAGUUAUGUCAACCAAGUAUCUUGUUCAUGCAUUGGCGGUGUAACACAUGUGACAAACAUUUCAUGGAAGGGCCAGAGUCUUAGCGGUGUCCUUCCAAGAUCUCUUGCAAAUUUGUCUUACAUUACAACCUUAGACCUUUCACGGAGUCUCCUUACUGGAACUAUCCCACGAGAAUGGACAGCUACAAAGUUGAAAUUCUUGUCUCUUUUUGCAAAUCGCUUGUCAGGACCUAUUCCAGAUUACUUGGGAAAUAUUAGCUCCCUGACAUAUUUAAGCCUUGAGAGUAAUCAAUUCAAUGGAACUAUUCCUCCUGAACUUGGAAAACUGUUCAACUUGAGCAACCUAACUCUAACUGACAAUGCACUUACAGGGUCCUUGCCUGUCGAGUUAAAGAACCUAAAUAAUUUAACAGAACUUCGAUUAAGCAGUAACAACUUCAGCGGGCGCUUGCCUGAUUUUUUUCAGAGUUGGACAAAACUCCAAGCCCUAGAAAUUCAAGGUAGUGGCUUUGAAGGGCCCAUACCACCUACUAUUUCUCUUCUGAUUAAUUUACAGGAACUGAGAAUCACUGAUUUGAAUGGAGAUGGUUCUAAGUUUCCACCAUUUGAAACUUUGAAUGAAUUGAAUAUAUUGGUUUUAAGGAGCUGUAACAUUACUGGAGUUAUCCCUUCAUACAUCGGACGCAUUAUGCCACAAUUGGUCCAACUGGAUCUUAGCUUCAACAAGUUAACAGGCGCCGUUCCAGAUAGUUUCCGAUAUUUGUACUCAUUGCAAAAACUGUUUCUGACAAGCAAUAUGUUAACUGGAACCAUUCCCAGCUCGAUCACUGACACAGAUGACAGUAGCCAUAUAGACCUUUCUUACAACAAUUUUAAUGUUAGCUCUAUACCUUCUCAUUGUGAUAAAUCAACUCUAAACUUGUACAGAAGCAAUGCAAGGGACUUUAGAACGAACUUAGAUACAAGCGCAUGCCUAACAAACUUGAAAUGUUCUAAAGCUCGGUACUCAUUGCAUAUCAACUGUGGAGGAGAAGAAGCUAGGAUUGGAAAAAAUACCUUUGAACAAGAUAAUGAGUCUGAUGGUGCUGCUAAAUUUGUUCCGAGAAAAGCAGAGUGGGGAUACAGCAGUAGCGGAGACUUCAGGAAUCGUAGACUUCCUACUGAUCUUUAUAUAGCAGAAAAUAAAUCUACUCUACAGAUGAAUGAUGCAGAGCUUUAUAAAGAUGCAAGACUUGCUGCUACAUCUCUCACUUAUUAUGGUCGUUGCCUGGCUAAAGGGAACUACACUGUGACACUAUACUUCUCUGAGAUCGUCUUUGCUGACGACAGUUCGUUUGUGAGUCUUGGGAGACGGUUUUUUGAUAUUUAUAUCCAGGAGAAGUUGGUUGCCAAGGACUUUAAUAUAGAGAAGGAAGCGAAUGGAACGAGUAAGGCAUUCAAUAAAUCUUUUCCACAUGUAGCCGUAACCAACUAUGUAGAAAUUCGCUUCUACUACGCAGGGAAAGGGAGCUGGCAGAUCCCGGUAAGAGGCAAUUAUGGUCCUCUUAUCUCGGCUAUUUCAGUGGAGUCAGAGUUCAACCCUCCUUUUAAUUGGAAAAUUCUCUUAUGGAUAUUUACUGGGGCUACACUGUGUGUAAUCAGUAUUGUUCUUGGUAUACUUUGGUGGAAACGCCGUAUGGAAUUAAUAGCAUCAAGGGAACAAGAUCUCCUAGGACAAAAUCCACAAAUAGGUUUAUUCACUUACAAACAAAUCAAGACUGCUUGUAAUAACUUCAGUGCAGCUAACAAGAUUGGAGAAGGUGGCUUUGGUUGUGUGUACAAGGGGAAAUUGUUGGAUGGUACCAAUAUUGCUGUGAAACAACUUUCUUCAAGAUCAUCCCAAGGGAACCGAGAAUUUGUAAAUGAGAUUGGUAUUAUUUCUACCUUAUGCCAUCCAAAUCUUGUAAGACUGUAUGGAUGUAGCGUUGAUACUAGCCAACUUUUCUUGGUUUAUGAAUACUUGGAGAACAAUGACCUUGGACAUGCUUUGUUCGAGGAAGGUGGUUACUUGAGAUUCGAUUGGCCUACUAGGAAAAGGAUUUGUGUAGGCAUAGCAAGGGGUCUGGCCUUCCUGCACGACGAAUCAACAAUAAAAAUUGUUCAUAGAGAUAUCAAAGCUACAAAUGUUUUGCUUGAUCGUGACCUUAACCCAAAAAUCUCCGAUUUUGGAUUGGCAAAGCUCAAUGAAGAAGAUAAUACUCAUAUCAGCACUAGAAUUGCAGGAACAAUAGGAUACAUGGCUCCAGAAUAUGCAAUGCGGGGUUACUUAACAGAGAAGGCGGAUGUUUACAGCUUUGGGGUUGUCGCGUUAGAAAUUGUAGCUGGAAGAAGCAACAUGAAGUUUCAACCAAGUGGAGAUCUUUAUUGUCUCCUGGAUUUGGCUUUCGUUCUUCAACAAAAUGGAAAAUUGAUAGAGCUGGUGGAUCGAAGAUUGGAGACAGAUUACAAUGAAGACGAAGCGUUAAGAAUAAUUCAGGUUGCAUUAUUAUGCAUUAAUCCAUCUCCGGCGCUUAGGCCAACAAUGUCCAAGGCGUUGAGCAUGCUUGAAGGAAACAUAGAAGUGGAAGAAUUAAUUCUAGAGCCUAAUAACUCAUAUGGUCAUGAGUGGAUGUAUGGAUCAUCUAAGAGUUGGCAAAGCCAAACAAUCGAAACCGAUACCCAAAGCCUAUUACACUCUCCUAGUGUACCUAUGGUCGAGUUAUCGACUUCCUCGUCUCUACGUGAUCUUUAUCCAGUUGAUAAUUAUUCCUAUUCUACUGUGCAAAUGGCAGCUAGUUUGAGUUUCAGCGGUUUCACUGCCGCUGUUGUUUUACUAGCGUUUUUUGUGGGUUUUGGCGUUUGCAGUAAUUGCUCUUCCACUCCUACUGAAGAAGUGGAAAGUCUUCAUCAAAUUGCAAGAGAAGUGCGAAAACAUAACUCAGAUUGCUCAACAGAUCCUUGUAGCCAGAGCAGAAGUGAUACUUGCUGGAAUUCAAAAGAGGACCAGGAUGAGAAGUAUACCAAUUUGGUAAAUUGCACAUGCCGUGAUGGCAUAUGGCAUAUCACAGAUAUUUACUGGAAGGGGCAAAACCUUGCUGGUGUCCUUCCGAAAUCCCUCUCCAAGCUGCGUUACAUUAAGACCAUUGAUCUCUCGAGGAAUGUCCUUACUGGAACAGUGCCAGUUGAAUGGAUUGAUACAAAGCUGGAAUUUGUGUCUCUAUUUGCCAAUCGACUAUCAGGACCAAUUCCAAAGUAUUUGGGAAAAAUCACCACUCUUACACAGCUAAGCAUUGAGAGCAAUCAAUUUAAUGGAACUGUUCCUGCUGAACUUGGGAACUUGAUCAGCUUAACCAACUUAACAUUAAGUGACAACAAACUUACAGGGCAUUUGCCUUUGGAGUUGAAGAAUCUGAGCAAUUUAACAAAACUUCAAUUAGGUAGCAACAACUUCAAUGGAAGCUUACCUGAUUUCAUAAAGCAUUAUUCAGAACUUCAAUACUUAUAUAUGAUAGGCAGUGGCUUUGAGGGGCCGAUACCAUCUGACAUAGCUACUCUGCACAAACUAAAAGAAUUGAGAAUCAGUGAUUUGGGCGGAGAAGGUUCUAAUUUUCCAUCACUACAAAAUAUGGGAGACUUAAAUAUACUGAUUUUGAGGAGCUGUAAUAUUACUGGUGAAAUACCCCAAGAUAUUGUUAUCUUGAAGAAAUUAAAAUUCAUCGAUCUUAGCUUCAACAGGUUGACAGGCUCUGUUCCAACUCUCCUUCAGAUAGAACACUUGUAUCUAACUGGAAAUAUGCUAAAUGGACCUAUUCCCAACUGGAUUGCAAAUGCAGUGGAUACUACCCACAUAGACAUUUCGUACAAUAAUUUUACUGAUGACCUUAAAGAACCUCUUUGUGGCAAAAAUACUAUAAACUCGUACAGGAGCAAUGCAAGGCUUACGCCCUUAGAUUCAAGUGCAUGCUUGAAGAGCUUAAGAUGUCCAAAAGCUCGGUAUAAAUUGCAUAUUAACUGCGGGGGACCAGAAACCAGAAUAGGAAAGGUCACCUAUCAGCAAGAUUAUGAGAAAAAUGGUGCAGCAACAUUUUUUUAUAAGCCUGACUGGGGAUUCAGUAGUAGUGGAGAAUUCUGGAAACCUGCAAAGCUUACAAAUAAUUAUAUAGCGCAAAAUACUUCAAAGUUAAUAGGAAAGAGUGAUGAAGGACUGUAUAAAGAUGCACGACUCUCUGCUACGUCUCUAACUUACUAUGGCCGGUGCCUGGCAAAAGGGAACUACAGUGUGACCCUUUACUUUUCAGAAAUCAUCUUUACAGAUGAUGAUACAUACACGAGUAUAGGAAGGCGGGUGUUUGACAUUUUUAUCCAGGAAAAGCUAUAUUUCAAGGAUUUUGAUAUUGUAAAGGAAGCUAAUGGAACACAUAGGGCUUUCAAGAAAGUUUUCAGUAACAUAUCAGUAACAAAUUCAUUAGAAAUUCGCUUCUACUAUGCUGGAAAAGGGAGCACACAAAUUCCAGUAAAAGGAAAUUAUGGUCCUCUUAUUUCAGCUAUUUCAAUAGAGUCGCAGUUCAACCCUCCUUUUGACUGGAAAAUAGUCAUGCGGGCUCUAGUAGCAGCUACAUCGUUCCUUAUUGGAAUUGCACUAGCUAUUUAUUGGUGGAAACGCCGUAAGGAAAUUAUAAAAUCAAGGGAACAAGAGCUCCGUGUACUGAAUCCACAAAUUGGUCUUUUCACUUAUAAGCAAAUCAAGGCUGCCUGUAACAACUUUAAUAUUGCUAAUAAGCUAGGAGAAGGUGGGUUUGGAUCUGUGUACAAGGGAACCUUGUUGGAUGGUACCCAUAUUGCUGUGAAACAACUUUCAGCCAAAUCUUCCCAAGGGAAUCGAGAAUUUGUGAAUGAAAUUGGUAUGAUUUCUAGUAUGUGCCAUCCAAAUCUUGUGAGAUUGUAUGGAUGUUGUGUCGAUACAAGCCAACUUUUCCUGGUGUAUGAAUACUUGGUGAACAAGGACCUUGGACAUGCUUUGUUUGGUCCAGGUGAUGGCCGGUUAAAAUUAGACUGGCCUAUUAGGAAAAGGAUUUGCAUUGGGAUAGCUAAAGGUUUAGCUUUCUUACAUGAAGAAUCAAGGAUAAAAAUUGUUCAUAGGGACAUCAAAGCUACAAACGUAUUGCUUGAUUGUAACCUUAACCCAAAAAUCUCAGACUUUGGGUUGGCAAGGCUUAAUGAAGAGGAGGUUACACACAUUAGCACUAGAAUUGCUGGAACAAUAGGAUAUAUGGCUCCAGAAUAUGCACUGUGGGGUUAUUUGACACCUAAAGCUGAUGUUUUCAGCUUUGGGGUUGUUGUAUUAGAAGUCGUGGCCGGAAGAAGCAACAUGAAAUUUGAGCCCAGUGAAGAUCACUUUUGCCUCCUUGAUUGGGCAUAUGUUCUGAAACAAAAAGGAGAAUUAAUGGAGCUGAUGGAUCCGGCAUUAGGAACUGAUUACAACAAGGAAGAAGCAUCAUUUAUGAUUCAGAUAGCAUUAUUAUGCACAAAUCCGUCUCCAGCACUGAGGCCUACGAUGUCUGAGGCACUGAACAUGCUUGAAGGAAAUACUGCAGUACAAGAACUUAUUCUGGAGCCCAAUAACUUAUAUAGUCAUGAGUGGAUGUAUCAGGCAUCUAAGAAGCAGCAGCUAAAACAAUUAUCUGGAACUGAAACACAAAGCUUGAUACAUUCAUCUGAUGCACCAAGGAUUGACUCGUCUUCCAAGUCUGCACACGAUCUUUAUCCAGUUGAUGCUUGCUCUCAUUGAAGCACUCUAUGGGUGACCGUGAGGCACAAUUUGUGCUUGUGGAGGCCUUUGACUUUGCUCUUGUUUGUGUACGUAAAAUACCUUCGAAGUUUGUUUCCUGUCAUCUACUCGUAUCUAAGAACACGUACUUAUUCUUCAUCAACAGUUUAAACCUAUUGUAUUCCUCAACAAAUACCAACAUGAUCCUUGUAAUUAAGACAUUUCUCUUAUGGUAUUUUGUACUGGAGAAUGUAAUUACUUUCAGAACUUUAAUGUAAUCUCUUUGAAAGAUAAA